AUGGCAGAGACACCCUCUUACACGAAGCUGACGCACUCGACCACCUAUCCCUCCGUCGACCCUUCCCUUCCCGCCCUCUCUACCAAUGGCAAGGUUGUCGUGAUCACGGGGGCCUCUGGCGGCAUUGGCCGCGCGGCCGCGCUGUCGUUCGCCCGCUCGGGACCCAAGUCGCUGAUCCUGCUGGGGCGGCGUCCAGAGGCACUGGCUGAGACAGCGCAGCUGAUCCGGUCGGCCCAUGCCGCGCUGGCGACGGAGACGCACGAGGUCGACCUCUGCGAAGCGGAGAAGCUGCGGGCCGUUUUUGAUGGUGUGACCGGUCGGGUGGGCGCCAUCGACGUCGUGGUACACAGCGCCGGCGUCCUCGCGCCCGUCGCGCCUCUGAUAGAGGCCGACCCGGCUACGUUCCUCGACGGCUACAAGACGACCGUCGUCGGCACCCUGGCCCUGGCCCAAGCCCUUGUGAAGGCCAAUCAGGGCGCUUCAGCCACCUUCAUAAACCUGACGACGGCCGGCAUCCUCUUUCCGCCCUUUCCAGGCAUGGGCGCCUACGUCAGCAGCAAGAUGGCGGCCGUCAAGCUCCUCCAAGCUUUUGCCGCCGAGAACCCGCACGUGCGCCUGCAUCAUGUGCAUCCCGGUUUCCUUGACACCGCCAUGUCCGCCCAGCUCGCCAAGACUACCAAGCUUCCCUUCAGCUUUGACGACAUCUCGCUUCCGGCCGAUUUUCUCGUGUGGAUUGCUUCGGCCGAGGCCAAGUUCCUCAACGGAAAAAUCGUUUUCGCAGCGUGGGAUGUCGAAGAGCUCAAGAGCCGGGAGAAGGAGAUUGUCGGUGGGCCUCCGGGAACUGGUGAGCUUUGGCUGGGCUUCCAAGGGUUCCCGCGAUACAUUAGGGGCCAGGCCUUGGGACAUGCAUAG